GCACAGACCGGAAGAGGCGGGGUCUUAGUCAGGACGCUCGCCUGGCGUUGUUCAUUCAACAUGGCAGCGGGACCAAUCUCAGAAAGAAACCAAGACGCCACUGUGUAUGUCGGCGGCUUGGAUGAGAAAGUGUCAGAGCCAUUACUAUGGGAGCUUUUCUUGCAGGCUGGUCCUGUGGUCAACACACACAUGCCAAAAGACAGGGUCACUGGCCAACAUCAAGGUUAUGGCUUUGUGGAGUUCCUUAGUGAAGAAGAUGCUGACUAUGCCAUCAAAAUCAUGAAUAUGAUAAAGCUCUACGGCAAGCCCAUUCGAGUUAAUAAGGCCUCUGCGCACAACAAAAACCUGGAUGUGGGUGCUAACAUCUUCAUCGGUAAUCUGGACCCGGAGAUUGAUGAGAAACUGCUCUAUGACACAUUCAGUGCCUUUGGCGUGAUCCUCCAGACGCCAAAGAUCAUGCGAGACCCAGAUACCGGCAACUCCAAGGGUUAUGCUUUCAUUAAUUUCGCAAGCUUUGACGCAUCAGACGCCGCUAUCGAGGCCAUGAACGGCCAGUACCUCUGUAACAGGCCCAUUACGGUUUCCUACGCAUUCAAGAAGGACUCCAAAGGGGAACGGCAUGGCUCGGCUGCAGAACGACUCCUGGCUGCACAAAACCCUCUCUCGCAGGCAGACAGGCCACAUCAACUGUUUGCAGACGCUCCGCCGCCACCGAGUGCCCCGACGCCGGUUCUUACUGCGAUGGGAUCUGGGAUGCCCAUGCCAGGCAUGCCACCUCCUGGUUUCCCUAAUGUUCCUCCUCCUGGAUCGAUGCCUCCAUCGAUGCCCCCUUCAAUGGGCAUGCCUCCAAAUGCAGGAGCACCAGGCCAACAGGGCGGCGGCGGUGGGCCUCCACCCGGACCACCACCCUUCCCUCCUGGCAACAUGCAUCCAGGUAUGCAGCAGAUGGCCAUGCCCCCUCCCGGUCCUCCUGGCAUGGUGCCUCCACCUCCUGCUCCCCCAGGGUCAAAUCAAUCACGGGCACCGCUACCACCUGGCAUGCCCCCACCCCCACCUAUGGGCAUGCCACCCAGAGCGCCGUAUGGACCUCCCAUGGGUCACCCGGGGCCUCCAGGUAUGAGAGGGCCUCCUCCCAUGCCUCCUCCUGGCUACGGUGCUGGCCUUCCUCCUCGUCCACCUUUUGGCUUCCAGAGAGGACCUCCAAUGCCUCCGAGGCCCCCCGGUGUCCCACCCCGCGUUCCCAUGAGACCACCAAUGCCACCAUAAUCCACCUCAGCCUGCAGAAACAGGCUCUCAUUUUGCUUUUUUUUAAAAAACAUCUUAAGAUCUACUCAAGUUUGUAAUAGUGCGAAAUAAUUUAACCCACUGUUUGUAUUUUUUUUCGGUCAUUGUACAGAUGAAGACCUUCAACGAAUAAAAUUUUUAGUACAAGUUUCUCCCCCACAAAUAUUACUUAUAACGAUUUGCGUGUGCGUGGUAUAUCUCAUGGUAAUGGGCCUUUUUCACAUAAGUGUGAGUGAAUGAAGAGAGGGAGUGGCGUUAGUGAGAACAAAGCACUGAACCAGACAAAUAAAACAUUAUUUUGUUAUCGUU